AUGAUUGUGGGUCACACAAAUACGGAUUACCUCUCUGGACUGGCGUUCUUCUUUCUCGUGUUUGCGGUCAUCUCCGGUGUUUACUACAUCCAGGUGAAAAUAAUAAACCUCAAACCAAUCGUCAAAGACAUUUUAAACACGCAAGGCAAUAAAACCACAUAUUACAUCUGUGACGCCAUUCUUGGUCGACUUGGCAACCAGCUGUUUACCUAUGCAUCUAGUUACGGAAUAGCGAAGGAUAAAAACAUGACAAUGGUUACUGCUAAAGACCGGAUGCUGAACCAUAUCUUCAUGUUGGAUGCCGUGGAGGUUGACGAAGGGGUAUGUGCUAAAUUCAAGCUACUAGAGCCACAUGCCUGUUGCAUUUACGACAAAAUAUUCCUUAAUUCCAUCGCAGACACAAACUAUAAAUUAGGAAAUUAUCUCCAGUCUUGGAAAUAUUUCCAGAACCACGUCGCGGCCAUUAGAAGACAGUUCAGAUUCAUUAAACCUAUCAUGAAUAAAACCCAGACAUUUUUACACGGCGUGAUGGAUGAGUAUAAACGCCGGACGUCAAAUUCGACAAACGCCGAAAACGUCACGUUGGUCGGUGUACACAUUCGACAAGGUGAUAUGAAGCGCCCCAAUAGUUUAAGAUUUGGAUAUAUUCUUGUACCUAAAGAAUAUAUAACAAAGGCUAUGCAAUAUUUUACUAACAAGUUCUCAAAAGUGAUAUUCUUGAUUUGUUCCGAUUCAAUGGACUGGGUCAAGAGUCAUUUUAACUCGAGCAAUAUAUUCUACUCGGUUGGAAAUUCGCCCGAAGUGGACAUGUGUCUUCUGUCGUCUUGUAACCAUAGCAUCAUGACGGUCGGUACGUUUGGCUGGUGGGCCAGUUUCCUCGCUGACGGGGAGACAGUCUACUACAAACACACGGCUCGCGAAGGCUCGAGGCUGAGAAAAGAAUAUUCAGCCAACUACUCGGACUAUUUCUACCCAGGCUGGAUUGGAAUGGACUGA